GCGGUAUUCGCGCCCAGGCAGCUGCUCUCUGAGUCCCAAGGCGGGACCUCUGCCAGGGGAAUGGGCCAAUCGAUGUGUAUGCCACGUGGCAACUGAAUUACCUUCCCCCCCCCCCCCUUCCUUUUGUCCCCUGCAAUCCAAUGGCUGCCGAUUGGGCGGGAAAGGGUCGCUUGUUUCUAGGAAUUUUGACAGUCUUUGAACUCGUGAUUGGCACCUAUACUUCUGAGGGGUCUGGAGCGGCGGAGGCAUGGAGGACCAGGGGUUGGGAUCCAUCAUCAUCUUCGUCCUUGUGUAAGAUCAAGGGUAGCGAUGGAUCGUCGACGUGGCAAAGCCUCGAAAGCAGUCAUUCUGUGCAGCUUGACGUGGAAGGGAGGAGGGCUGUUCGACAUUCUCCUUCUUCCGACCUCGCAGGGUACGCUGAUGGACGAUCGGAGGGUCAAUCGGAGGGUCAAUGGGAGGGUCAAUCGAAGGGUCAAUCGGAGGGUCAAUCAUCGUUCUCCACAUUUGAAGCGAAUCUGGAGAAAGAUCACGCGGGAGGUAAUCAAGAUCAAGAUCAAGAUCAAGAGCAAGAGCAAGAUCAUGAGCAAGAUCAAGGCCAACUCGCCUCUGCUGCUGCGGAGGCCGGGACAGCUGGCAAUCGGUGGCGGGAAGAAUGGCGCGCAGUGUGCGCCAAGCGCGGGAAAAAGCGUGUCCGGGGGAAAUUUCUAGCGAGAGUUGAGUCGUGGAUCCUUCCUCCGGUGUCUGAUGAUACGGGGAGUCGGGAGCAGGAGGGGAUGGAGAUGGAGAUGGGAGAGGGAAGAGGUAAUCAGGCGGAAGAGACAUAUUCUUCUCCCCCUCUUGACUGGCAGAAUCUGCCCUAUUGCAGCAAUGCCACAUCAACAGAGGAUAAGGAUGACGUCAUUGCUCCAAGCGAGAGUGUUGCGGCUCUGCAUUUCGCGUUCAGUUGGAUGCCCUCGUCGUUGAUAGGCAACUUUUCUGCAGAUGGCUUGGGAGUUGAGCUGGUUGUCCAUAUCCAGGAAGGAGGGCGAGCAGCAGCAGCAGCAGCAGCAGCAGCAGGAGGAGGAGGAGGAGGAGGAGGAGGUGGAGGAGGAGGAGGAAGAAGAGAAACGGGUGACGGCGCAGUCGACGACGGGCGAAAAGGCUCAGGAACUUCAGCAUCACCGGGAGAAGUAAACGCCAGGAGGAAAGACGGAAGCUGGCUCGCAGAGCGGAUGACUUUGACUGCAAAAGGAGCGGGAACGAUUGGCCGGUCUCCGGAGAACGACGUGUGGAUCUCUGUAUCCUUGUACUUAUGCAGGGUCUUCUGGCAGCUGUUCCGGCUAGCCCCUGUAGAUUGUCCCUUGCAAGCAGCAAUGAUCACGACGAGGCCGAGUCGCGAUGAUGACGGCUCUCGCAACAGUCAUCUUGCUGAUGACAGUCGUACCACCACUGUUUAUCCGAAGGAAAGGGGAAGGAGGGACAAGUGUCCUCCAGGUGAGGGGGAGGAUGAUGACCGGAUGGCGGCAAGGAAUGAAAAGGCUGAGGCCUUGGGAGAAACCGGACGAAGGGGAAUGAUGGACGUCGGAUUGACAGCAUCGCCUGAAGCGGCAGAGGGCUGUGUCUUUUCGGCACCACUUGCAGCGACAACCUGGCUUGCUGCCGAUGUUCCUCCGGUGCUGCGAGCUGCACACGUCGGAUGCUGGAGCCACGGAUCAGAGCCAAUCCAACGGUCGGGAAGGCAAUUGCGAUUGAAUCCAAGGUUAUCACGGCGUAAUGGUGAUGGAAUGCAGAAGGAUCGGGGAGAUGGGAGGAGGGAUGGUGCAAAGGAGGAGGAGGAGGAGGAGGAGGAGGAGGAGGAGGAGGAGGAGGAGGAGAAAGGCGUUUGUCAUGGUGGUGAUAGCGGCAAAAGCAACCGUGGGAGCACCCACACAGGUGUAUGGUUUGCUGAAGGUGUUGUCUGCAACCCCCCUACUCAUCUGUGUGCGAAGAAGCUGACAAGGUGUGGGAGGACAGACCUCUCUCAGCCUGUUGAUUGCUCGUCAUCGUCCAAUGAAUCAGCAUCGGAUAGAGUCAAGCGAAUGGACAUCAGCGAUGAACUGGUCGCUGCUGCUUAUCCUCUGGGCUCCUUCUUUCAAUCCAUAGAACCGCUGCAGAGUCGUGGAGAAGAGAAGAGCAGUCAGCACAGCUGCUGGACCAAGGGGAAGGAGGAGACCACAGGUGUCUUCUCCGCUCUGCGGGAGGAGAUCAGGUCUGCUGCGAACUUGUGGAAUCAGCCAAAUGCGUCUAAACUGCACUGGAAGGUUAAGAAGCGGCAACUUACAUUUGAACUCAAGCAGUGGUCUGCAAAAAAUGGCAUGGUCAGGCAUAUAACAGUUCAGUAUGAUGAAGCUGGCUAUGGAUUGCGCUCCAGCGUGUACGAUAGUGGAAAGCAUGCAGAAGGGUCGCCUGGUGAGUCAGAUGGGGGCGUAAAGCCAAGCCGCAUGAAGGAGGCCAAACCAGAUAGUCAUGUAGGGAUGGAUGCGAAGAGCGCUGAGCAGCAGUGCUCAGCGGCUGACAGCAUUUAUGUGCCGGUAAAGAGACCCCGUGGCUCUGGGUUUCGUCUCUUUGCGACGACAGGUGAGGAGAUCGGAGCGGGACAAGGAGGAGAAAGGACAAGCGCUGACGCUGCACGGAAGCAGACGCUGGAUUUGGAAAUCCCAAUGCAGGUUCAUGGUAGUGGUGCUGGUGGUGCUGCUGCUGCUAUUGCUGCUACCUCCUUGAUGGAAGGAGAUGGCGGCGCCGUGUGCGGCACCACCAGUCACGGCUGGAUGCUUGUGGAGUUAUCUCAGGAGCUGAUGGGGUCAGGAGCGCAUCGGGUGCUUCAUCUAAAGGUGGCUUUUGAAAAGGCGUUAGAUCGUCUUACAAGGAAUGGAGAAGCUAAAGAUAAGUGCGAUCCCUCUGAAGGAGGAGAUGGAUGGGAGGUGGCAUUUGUGCAGUCUCUUCCGCGGAAUGCUUAUGCUGACAAGUUUGAAGUCUGGCGAAUGAUGAACGAUAAAGUGCUGCCCCCUGUAGACAUCUAUGGAGCUGUAGACAUUGAGCAGCCAGCUCCACUAUGCAGCCAGUCGAUCGUUGUUGUGACCAUGGACCUGACACCAGCGGAGAUUCGCCCUGAAGACUCUGGCCAAGAAAACCGACGCAAAGGGUGCCAUUAUCUGGAAAAACAAGCGAGGAUGGAGAUUGACGGCGCAGAGGGACCAACAUGCCCCUGCCCUCCAAGCUGGUGUUACAACAGAGCCCCUACGACUGUGAAUUUCCGCCAAGGUUCCGGUAAUGACAGCCACUGCCAUCGACUGCAGGCACAUGUGGCCUUUCCAGUGCAUGCACGAUAUGCGCCGCUUUUGCAUAAGAAUGACAGCACGGCGGAUGCAGGCAAGGUCGCAGCUCAGCUGGAGAGCCGUCAAAUGACUGCAUCAAACGCAACGAAGAAAGGACAGCUGAUUGGAUGCAUUUGGAACGCGGUUUUUGGAACGGAAGUUGAUGAGAGCUGCGGUUACUCCCAUUUUCGGCUCGCUCCUCCUAAAGUCCUCUUGCGUCGGAAGUGUAAUUGUCAAGGACGACAGCAGCAAAGACGGAAAGAGAACAGUGCCGAAAGCACAGCUUGUCGCUGUUUUGCUCACGGAGAAGUGAGUGGUAACACAGACUAUGCUUCAGGAGAGAGAGUAUGUGCCUCUCACUUGUUGGGAAGAACCAGGAGUUCCGACACGGCUCGUGAUGUCGAUGAGAAUGAUCGUGAAAACACCAAACAUAAAGCAGGCUUGGUUAAUGAUUCAGAUAAGGAUGUCCCGAGCGGCAAUCAGGCAGGGUGUUGGGUAGGAAGUCAGAAGCCUUGCAACAUCCAAGGGUGGGAAAUAGGGGAUUGGGAAGGGACACAACAUGAAGAGGAGGAGGAGGAGGGGGAGGAGGAGGAGGAGGAGGAGGAGAGGUACAACCAUGUGUGCUGGAGAGUGCCAGCAGGGAAGAGGGAACAUGAGUGGGCGGUAGUUACGAUCACAACUUUGUCUGCUGUUCUUGGUGCCUUCACUGUCUCAUGGGUGGCCAUUACCAGCUCUCGGGUCAGAAGGUGAAGCCCGACUGCUUCGUACAUGCACGUACGUGCGUUUUUUGAAGCUAAUCCCAUUCAUUUUCAUUGACGAUCUCAGUAUCUUAUUGGAUUGUCUCCAACAUGGGCUCAAUGAAAUUGAAUUCUCUGU